UACAGGGAAUAAUUGUCCCCUACAACUCUCCAUAUAUUAAUCCCCCUCCACCCAUGGACAUGUCCACCCUCACAAACACUGCUCCACUACCGCACCAUUAGCCAUCUCUGCUGAGUUCACGCAUACUAUACGCAAGAAGAAGAAGAAGCUAGAGCUAGCUGCAGUGUUGCUGUGGUGAGGCAAAGCAAAGAAGAGGCGAAGAAGAGGGAGAUGGAGCUGGAUGAGCAGGCGUUCUUGGAGGAGCUCUUCUCGCUGAGGAGGGACGCAUGGGAGUACAAUGCCAUGGGGGACUUCUUCUCCCCGGCAUGCGCCGCCAUGGACGGCGGCUACCCAGAACGCCACCAGGCCACCGUCAGCGUCCUCCCCACCUUCACGGCCUCCUACGAGCAGCCGCAGCCGCCGCCUCCGCCGGCCGGGUUCGACUGCCUUGCCGAGGUCUACGGCACCGCCGCCGCAUUCGGGCCCAAUGCCGGCGCCGGCGAGUACGGCGGCGACCUGGGGUUUCUUGACGUGGUCGAGCCCAAGGCGAGCAUGGUGGUGGAUGGCGGGCUUGGGGUGUGCAAGCUGGAGCCCGGGCUGGCGGAGGGAGGAGGCGGCGGCGGGUUCGGCGCGGUGGCGGCGCCGCCGUCGAAGAAGAAGAGGGUGGAGGGGAUGCCGUCCAAGAACCUGAUGGCGGAGCGGCGGCGGCGCAAGCGGCUCAACGACCGGCUGUCCAUGCUCCGCUCCGUCGUGCCCAAGAUCAGCAAGAUGGACAGGACGUCGAUUCUUGGAGACACGAUCGACUACAUGAAGGAGUUGCUGGAGAGGAUCCGGCAGCUGCAGGAGGAGAUCGAGGAGCAGCAGCAGGAGACGCCGGGCGUGCUCAGCGUCUUCAGGGAGCUCAACCCCAACGAGAUGCUGGCCAGGAACACACCAAAGUUCGAGGUGGAGCGGAAGGAGGGCGGCGACACCCGGGUGGAGAUCUACUGCGCGGCGAAGCCAGGGCUGCUGCUGUCGACGGUGAGCACGCUGGAGACGCUGGGCCUCGACAUCCACCACUGCGUCGUCAGCUGCUUCAACGACUUCGGCAUGCACGCCUCCUGCUCCGAGAUGCAGAGGGAGAGGAUGAGCGCGGACAUGAUAAAGCAGGAGCUGUUCAAGAACGCCGGCUAUGGAGGAGGAUGCUUGUAGAGGAGGACAGUCCAGCAGCAGCAGCAAUAAAGUAGCAUCAGCAAUGGCAAUGGCAAUGGCAGUAGAGAGUGGGGUGGUAGCAGCAGCAGAUUCGAUCAGAGAGUUGUGUUUGAGAUGAGAGUAGUAGUAGCAGAAAAAGGCGAGGAGGGCAGCAGAUUCGGGAGGCCUUUUUGCAAUCCAUCUCCCCCAUCCAUCGUCGUCCUCGUAACCAUGCAAUGCAAUGUAACCAUUCCAUACAUGUGGCUGUCUGUCCGUGUCCAUGAAUCAUCAUCAUCAAUCACACUUUCCUUCUCUUUUAACACAACAGCUCUCAGCUUUUCUCUUUUAAUGAUUGGCCUCUCGUACUUUUUCGCCAUCCCUAAUGUUUCUAAAUAUUAAUCAAUUGUUACUGCUGCUGCUACUACUACAUAUAGAAGGAGU